AUGGCUGCUAAUGACGACAAAAAAGGAAAUGGACAAAGCAACGAGCAAUCGCUCUUUAUGGACCUCCCCAGAGGAAUAGUCGGCUGGGAAGAUGAUAAGGAUCCUCAAAAUCCAAGGAACUACCCACCUUCUCGGAAAUGGUUUCUUCUAGGUAUCGUCAGUGUCGUCACUUUAAUCAGCCCAUUUGCAUCUACUAUCUUUGCCCCUGCUGCUGGAUAUGCUGCACGCGAACUCGGCAACACCUCGUCUAUAUUAAGCACCCUAGCCGUCACAUCCUAUCUGUUUGGUUACGCCGUGGGACCUCUAUUCUUAUCACCCUUAAGCGAGCUCUAUGGUCGUAGAAUCGUCCUGAAUACGGCAACGACGCUGUUUGUUCUAUUUCAGAUUGGAUGUGCGCUUUCACCCAACAUCGCCGCCCUGAUUGUCUUUAGAACCAUCACUGGGAUGGGCGGGUCUGCGUGUCUGACAAUUGGUGGCGGAGUUAUAUCAGACCUCUUUGCGCCUGAGCAACGAGGGCUUGCCAUGUCGAUUUUCUCGUUGGGUCCACUGCUUGGACCUGUCAUUGGGCCUAUUUGCGGUGCCUUUAUUGCACAGGAUGUUGGAUGGCGAUGGAUAUUUUGGGUUCUCACUAUUACAGCAGGCACUUUCACCACCUUCGUUGUCAUUUUCAACCGCGAGACCAACCCAGUGAUCCUAAUGGACCGCAAGACACGCAAGUUGCAAAAGGAACUAGACAGACCCGAACUCAGAAGCUGCUACGACAAGAAAGACCAAGAACCGAUCAAAACCCCCAGAGCAGCCCUCAACUUCCUCCUGCACCGUCUAGCAACCCCUAUCCAACUCCUCAUCCACUCCCCCAUCGUCACCCUUAUCGCCUUCUACGUGGCCGUCAUCUACGGCUGCCUCUACCUGCUCUUCACAACAGUCACCACCGUCUUCGAAGACACAUACAACUGGCCCCUCUCCACCAGCGGCCUCGCCAACAUCGGCCUCGGCCUCGGCUUCCUUACCGGCCAGAUCAUCUUCGGCCUCACAAGCGAUAGAGUCCUGAAACGCCUCAAAGCACGCAACAACAACACCCUCACCCCAGAGAUGCGGCUGCCACUGGCCAUCCCCUUCUCCUUCCUAGUUCCCAUAUCAUUCUUCUGGUACGGCUGGUCCAUCCAAAGACCUACGCACUGGAUCGUGCCCAUUAUCGGCCUCGCCCCCUUUGCCGCUGGCAUGAUUGGGAUAUUCAGCACGCUGCAGACUUAUGUCAUUGACUGCUAUUCGCGGUAUGCGGCGUCGGGCAUCGCGGCGAUUACGGUUAUGCGCUCGACUUUUGGCGCCCUGCUCCCGCUUGCUGGGCCUUAUAUGUACCGUGCUCUUGGGUAUGGGUGGGGCAAUACACUGUUGGGUUUGGUUGCGCUGCUUCUUGUGCCUAUGCCGGUUAUAUUUUAUCGGUUUGGGGCUGUUCUUAGGGAACGUGCUAGAAAGGAAUUCUAA